AUGGCAGUCAAGGCGGCGAGUUUGAUUUCAGUUGUGGUCAACAUUUGUCUUCUCUUUAGCCUUUUCGAAGUUGGAGGAGCAUAUUCAGCUAGUGUCAACACAAAGACUUUGAUAGAUUCACCUGUACAAAUUCCGUACAAAAAAUGUUUUGAUGCCAAGACGGACUGGAGUUGGCUAAGAUUAUGGAGCAGUUUAAGUGUGAAAGCGAAGAAUAUUGGCAUAAAUCAAGGCAAGAUUACCCUGGUGUAUGGAGCCAAUAAGACGGAUGUUACAGAUCAGCUGAACAAAGCUAGCGGAAUACUGCCUUCAUUUGUUCCACCAUGGUUGCAGCAAAACGCAAUGAUGAUGUCUGUCUUGCAAAAUCAUUGUGUUGGAAUAAACACAAAGGAUGGGACAACAAAGGCUCAUAUCACUGUCACUGAGGAAUUUGUGAAUGCAAGGUUUUUCCUCUUGACUGUCGUGGGAAUCUUUCUGUUUCUAGCUGCUCCGAGGCUAAGCAUGAGUGUAGUCUUCCACUACUCAACAGGUGUAACUGUUGGGGUUCUAGCAUCCCUCCUGGUUCUUGUCUACAUACUGAGUCGCUUUAUCCCCAGGAAAACAGGCGCUGUCUCUCUUCUAGUUGGUGGCUGGGCUGUUUGUCUUUAUCUUCUCCACUGGGUCUUUGACAAUUUCCUCUCAAUUCAGUACAAGAAGUACCUACUAGGUUACUUUGUGAUUGCGACCGUCAUCAGCUUUGCAGUGUGCUAUUGGUACGGUCCGGUCACCAACAACCGGACAAUGUACCUCAUACAAUUAUUCCUUCAGUUGAUAGGGUUGUUAUGCAUCUAUAACGGAUCGCAGCAUGAAGGGUCGACGAUGGUGAUUAUUGUUGUCAUAGUAAUGUUAAGAUGGAUACCAUCUUGUGGGAGACCAGUCAGGCUGGUUGCUGCUGCACUUGGGUGGCAGCAUCGUCCAGCUAAGAUUAAACUAUUAACGGAGGACGAGUACUAUGAGCAAGGACGGAUAGAGACAACGAA